UCUGAUAGAGAAAAUUGAAUGUUAGGAAUUGAGUUCCUUGAAAGCUUUCCAUGUAUUACUAUAUGUGUUUCAAGCUGUAAAAUGGGUAACAGCUGUAAAGAAUAUUGUCUUUGACAUUUCCUGUAAUGCUGGUGAAGAUAAAGGAGGUGAGCAGUCUGUGAGAUAUGAGUGAUUGUUGCUAUCACUAUCACAGUUGCUGUUUAUUAUGGACCAUGUUCAACACUCACUGCUGGCAAAUCAUCAGCUGAAGUUCUGCCAGUGUAAGUCCUGGUUAGGAUCACAGCUAUUUGCAGUUAUGGGGGAAAUGGCUGCAUAGUCCCCUGACUUGCUGCUUUCUGUCAGUAAGUAGAUGUGCCACCUUAAACCAGGUAUUCCUCUGCUCAAUAGAUCUGUGCCUCAUUAGUGCUAAUCUUGCAAAAGUUUUCAUGAUCCUACACUGAACAAUCCUGAAAAAUAGGUGACGCUAUAAAAGAAGUAGCUUAAUGCCAUUAUGCCUUCAGUUUCCAGCUUCAAACAGCCUGUGGUCUCUUCCUAUUCAUGCAUGCUACAGAUUUCUAAGUAGAUAGUAGGAGAAAUCAUGAAAGUAUUUCACUUACUGAGUUCAGUCUAAACCAUCAGUUAAAUUUUUUCCAUGUUUAUUAACCUCUUCUUUUUGCUCCUUUCUCCUUGUUGUCAUCUUCUAGCAUCGCAGUUUCUUCCCUUUUCCCAACAAAUCAAACUUGAAGACACAGCAAAUACAGUGCACUAAAUGGAAGUAUGAAUAGAUGCAGAAAUGAAUUUUGCUGCAUUACAGGACCAGAGUGGGCAACAAUGCCAAGUUAUCCAUACCCUGAGUGGAGAUUUGAUGCUUAAAGUUGUGAUUAAUGUGAUAUGCCAGGGUAGGAAUAACUCAGCAUCACAGCGUGAUGAAAAUGUUGGCUGUUCAGAACGUUUUGCUUUUAGUCCUAAUGCUGACAGCAAUUUUCUGUAAGCAUAUGAACUGAAACCCAGUUGUGUUUGCCGAGAAAUACUUAUCAAAAAGACUCGUUUCAUCAGCAAUUGGAAUGAUACCCAAAGAGGUUGUUGCAGGAUAUAUUUUUGGCAUGACUGCCAUAGAUGUUAUCUUGCAGCAAAUAUAAAUAUGUAGCAAACGUGAGUAGGAAUGAGGCAGAACGAGAAAGUUGAGACUAUGAAGGAGAAGUGAAGGAGACUGAUGUGCUCCCUGGCACUGCACUCCUCGUUGAGGAGAUGAUAUAUCGAGGGAGGCAAGACAUUUCUGGAGGCACUGUGAGAUGUCAUCUCUGCAAUGCUUCCUGAAUACCUACUUUUAAGACCGGGUGUGGUAGGGGAGGAUUGUUUUUAUUUAAUGUGUAACGUGCUGCAUGACAGCCCUGGGAGGGGCAGAAGGGAGGGAUGCAGCUCCUCCAUGCCUGGGUGGAACUUCGGCACAGACCUCACGCUCAGGUGUGAAAUCAGCUUAGGUGUGAAAUCAUCGGGUUGCUGUGGGGAAACCUGUUUGGGCAGGAGAGCCUGAAAACAGCAGUGACUUGCCAGAGCCUCUCACAACUUUGUUCUGAGCGUGUUUUGCUUGAGAUGUAAGGCUUCACAGAAGCACGGCAAAUAAGGGGGAACGUAUACUCGUGUGUAUGUUGAAAAAGUGCACCUAAUUGUGCAAAACCAUCCACUUUUGGAUGGUCUGGAAAAAAAAAAAAAAAAGCAAAGCAGUCUUCAAUAGUAAAGAUGACUUAGGAACAAAAGCACGGUAGUUUGGUCACCCAAACAGCUCAAUGCUGAGGCUGGCAGAAACGCUGUGAGGAGCGUUUCUCUGCUACGUCAUUUGAUCUUUUCUGCAAAGCUCCUUUCGGGCUCUGCAGGGGUGUGGGAAGGGCAGCUGUACAAGCGAUUAUAACGUGAAUAUAUAAUAAUUCAUGAAUAUAAGCAGCGACCAGCGCUGACAGCAGCGCGCUCCCUCAGCCUUUAGCCUCUCACGCCGCCGCCCCCGCGGCGUGUGGGACGCUCUACGUCCCGGCGUCCCCCGCGGCUCCUGGGCGGGCUGCGCUCGAGCGUGGGCGCCAUCUUGAGCCCGACCGCCGGAACCGUGGUGCGGAGCCCCGCCCCGCGAGGAUGGGCAAGGUUUGUGCCAUUUUUGGAGGAUCCCGAGGAAUAGGAAAAGCUGUUGCAGAAUUAUUGGCACGGAAAGGCUGCCACCUGGCAAUUAUUGGUAGAAAUCUUGAAGUAGCUCAAAAUACUGCGUGCGGUCUUGGUGCUGGCCAUUUGGCACUCAGCUGUGAUAUAUCCAGAGAACAAGAAGUCCAACGUGCUUUUGAAGAGAUACAGAGGAAUUUAGGUCCUAUAAACUACUUGGUUAAUGCAGCUGGGAUCAACAGGGAUGGCUUGUUACUGAGAACCAAGACUGAAGAUAUGGUAUCCCAGAUUCACACAAACCUUUUGGGAACAAUGUUGACUUGCAAAGCUGCUGUAAAAAGUAUGAUUCAUCAUCAAGGAGGUGCUAUUGUUAAUAUAGGAAGUGUUGUAGGACUUAAAGGCAACUCUGGUCAAAGCACAUACAGUGCUAGCAAAGCAGGAAUAGUUGGAUUUUCACGUUCUCUUGCUAAAGAAGUAGCAAGAAAGCAAAUUCGAGUCAACGUGGUUGCUCCAGGCUUUAUUCACACAGAGAUGACUGCUCAUUUGAAAGAAGACGAGCUGAAGAAAGCAAUUCCCCUAGGAAGAUUUGGAGACCCUCAUGAAGUUGCACAAGCUGUUUUAUUUCUUCUAGAGUCCCCAUAUGUUACAGGGAGUACUCUAAUUGUAGAUGGCGGCUUGCAGCUUUUGAUUUAGAUAUUACCUUGAAUAAAUACCUGCUUAAAUGUCAAGAUGGUAAUAUAUACAUGCUAAUUAAGGAGGGGGAAAUUAGUCUAACAUUCAUGUAUGUAAUUGACUUGAUAUUCUUUAAUCAGAUGACUAAUUUGUUGCAGUAAGGUCCAACAAGUUUGUUUAGCUACCUGAAAGAGUCCAUUUGGUUGGUAUGGAGUUUGCAUAUGUAACAAUUCUAAAAACCAAAAAGGUCUGCCUUUGGUAUGGUGAUAAUUAUAAAUAACUUCCUGAUGGAUUUUUAAAGCACUGUUUUUAUCAAGUCACGUUUUCCAGCUUGGAAACGGAGUAGAGAUUUUAAUCUGAAUUAUUGUGUUACACAAAGGUGAAUAAAAUGUUUAUUUGCUGUCAGUUAUGAUUGCAUCUAAUUUUUCAUGUAUGUUGAAGAUUGUGAACCAUAUGAUUUUGUAAUUCUUAUCAGUCAGUCCCUACAAAGUGGCAAAGAGUUUCCUUUGUUUUUUUGUUUAUAGCAGGAACUACAAAGGUAGAAGCUUCUUGGUCUCCAGCAUUCCUGAAUUGACUUUACAAGGUGUAAUUAUAUGCAGUAUAUUUUUAUGAAAACAAAAACUGUGCAGUUCCAUCCUUAAAUGUAUGUACAGUGAUUAUUUAAUUCAUUAGCACUUGAUUAGAUUGAAGGACCAUUUAUUGGUCAGUAGAGUUGCUAAUUCUGUAAUUUUCUGAGUUCCAGCUGCACAGACACUGGUCACUGUUGAAUGGUAUGGUUGCAGGCCUUGCUGCAUGGAAGUCUUUUCACAGAUUCAGUGCAUGCUGAGAAGACAAGUAUUCCUUUUGAAGUGCAAAGUGCUGUUGUGUGUCUUCUUCAGCUCAGUCCAACUGUGUUAUGUUGACGCUCUUUAAUAUGUAUAUAUAGUCAAUAAAAUAGUCAUUUAUUUUACUCAGAGCAGCUUUUGAAGCAAGGUAAUUAUUCAACUGUAAAUGAUCUUGGAUGUUCUUCUCUUACUGAAAAAUUACCAAGAGGUUGACCUCAGGCUUUUCUAUUGAGAUCAAGUAAUUUUUGGUAUUUGAUGUUUUUAUCUUCUCUGAAGAAAACUGCAAAUGUGGUUUAGGAUUUUGUCUUAGCUCCAGUGUUCUUUGCAUCAUGAUCCAGAUGUUGAUUCAGCUUUUGGAAUUUCUUUCCAUCUUGGCACAAACUGAAGUACAGAAAGAAGAGAUCUCACUGAUGAUAACUUUGAGUCUUCAAAGUCUGAGAUUUUCUUCUUUUGUGUGGCUGGAAAGUUUUGUCUUUGUGCCAGAAGGUAGUGCAUUUUCAAGCUUCUCACAGGUAUGUGCUAAGAAAUAAUAGAAGGAAUGGUUGUGUUUUCAGGGAGUUUUGCAAUUGUUUGUGUUGCUUUUGGAAUGCAAAAUAUCAGUAAACGUUGACCUUUUUGCAGGCCUUAUCUUACUGAUACCUCUGAUGAGAGGUGGUGUUACUUGCUGUGAAAAGCUGUGUUUUGUAUGUGUCUGUUCCAAAAAUCUAACUGCUAAUUGUUUUUCUCUUUGAUAGGAGAGACUGGCCAGAGAAUAGUUGAAUUUCUUCAGACAGCACUGAAGGUGAAGGGCAGCUGGUAUUCCUAUUUUUACUAGUCAAGCCAUCAGUCAUAUGUUGGUAACUUGACUGCUGCCCAUACCUGCCCUUCAUUUUUUACCAGUGAUGGAUCUUGACUAGAAAACAAACAUAAGAGACUUAAAUUAAUUUCCUGUUAGUGAGUUUUGGCCCUAAUUAUUAUUACUAUCUGUUGUUUUGUUUAAUAAAGGAAAUGUUAAAUAAGUUAAUAACAAUAGCAUUUUCAGUGUGUGAUUAAAAUCUGGAUUAAUAGCUCUAGAAGAAUCUCAGUGUGCUGCUUAAUAAUUUUCUAAAAGCAUCCCAAUUGUUCUGUUGUUUUUAAAUACAGUAUUUGACUGAAGUGUUGGUAGCCUUUUUAAAACACGUUUUUUCUCUUCAAACCUGGAAAUCAGAACUGAAGACCAUAUGAAAACAAGAAUCCAUUUCAUAGUUUACUGUGUACGGCUACUCUGAAAAGCAGUACUUGUAUUGGUCAGGCUAAGUUUCUGUCUGGCCUGGUGUGCUGUUUCAGACAGUGGAACUAGUGAAUGUGUAGGGUAGGUAAGAACUGUCUAUUGAAUGUCUAGAACAGACAUUCAAAUUUCCCAUUUUGGGCAUCUAGCAUUUAUGCCAAAUUGUAUAAAAAUAUUUUGGCUUUUCUUUUGUGUGAGCAGUUCUUAAAUAGGACAGUGUGCUUGACUGACUUAGCAUGAUUUCUCAUUUGAAUUUGGAAAACUUCAGCUUGCUCUCCUACUAGUAAUACAAAGUUUCUCUGAUUCCAUUCCUAGUGGAAUUGAAUGAUUUGUACUCUGAUUCAUGUGGAAUUUUUUCACCUGCUAUAUUUCUUAAAACUCUUUAUAAUCUUUUCAUGGAAUCACUAAGGUUGGAAAAGAUCUCUAACAUCAUCUAGUCCAACUGUCCACCUACCACCAAAAUUGACCCCAUUUAUUGCUUAAGUACCAGUAUUCUGCUUCCUUGUUGGUUUAGAAUGAACUCUUAUAGAAAUUCUCACUGUUCCAACAGUUUCUGCAGUAUUCCUCCAGAUUUCUUUUUUCAGGCAUGUAUUGCAACUUUGCCCAGCAUCUGAUUUUUGGGAGUGUUUUAAAGCAGGCUGCUAUCCAGAGCUCGCAUUCAACUUAUCCUGUGUUUUAUUCCAGGUCUUUUCUUCUGCCCCAGUGACACCUUUGUGUCACUGAUACCUGCAUGGCCUGUCACCACCUCCCAGAAUUUCUAAAGAGACCUCUGAGACAUGUUUUGAGGGUGGCUGCUUUUGUAGCUGUCAUUUAAGUUGCCAUGAAGUCCUCUUUAACUGCAACCUCCUUUCUGACUCACCCAUAAUUCCUGCUCUGUGAUUUUCCUUUGAGCUAGGUUACUGUUUCAGAAAGGAUAGAUAUCCUUGCUGAAGGAGGGUUGUGCAUUGCAGUAUUUAUUCCUUUAUAAAACUGCUCUUCUAUUGACUUUACACUUGAUUAAGUUUACAUUUUGUGUGUGAUUUGCAUGUUCUCUCUUUUAGUUGAGCUCUGGAGGGCAUUGCAGGCCUAGCAUGUUAAUUACUUUGUAUUUCUUCUCUGCUUUAGGGAAGAUAAUGGACUAGUUGUUUUUUUUUUUUUUUUUUUUCCCCUAGCUCAAUCAGUGAAUUCUUAUUUCCACUUCUCUCUUCAGAAAUGUGUUUGUAACUGUGUCUGUCUGUGUCUGGCUUUUCCUGAUUUAUAGGCAUAUAUUGCAAUGGAUUAUCAUCAGCAAAAGCUUCUAACAGGACAUGUAAUGUUGGUGAUGGUGGUUUUUUUUUUAGCUAUUGCAGCUUGUAAAUAGGAGAUGUAGGGAGGAACAGCUUUUGCUGAGUAUAUUGUCCACGUAUGACAUCCCAUGAAGAUAUCUCAUUUCAGCCUCUUGAGGGCAGUCUAUCCCAAGGUAUUAUUAGGUUGAAAUUUGGUUAAUGUAUCUGUAUAGUUCUAGGGAAGUAUAGAUACAAAGGCCUGCGUAGAUACAAAGUUGAUACUGGUGUCGCUGUUACCAAUUUUGCAAAAUCCAUAUCCUGAACUGUUCAGGGAUGUAAGGCGUGAUUUUGAAAAAUAAAUUUCAGUUUAUUGAAAUUGAAUUAUUUCAGCGUUGAGCACGGUGGAAUUUGAAUAAGAAGUGGAUAUCUAAAUCCCCACUUUCUAAGUGUCUUGACUACAUUAUUAUCCACAGUUAAAACACAUUGCAGUGAUCCUCUCUCGCUGUUGAUCUGUUUUCCUCUUUUGAUGUGUUGCAUAGUUUGAGAGCUUGUAUUGCAUAAAACUGAGCGGGAUUUUGCCUGUUGC